AUGGAUAGAAAUGGAAUGAGCGAUCCAUAUAUAAAAUUGACUAUAUCGCCAGAACGAAAGCCCAAAUUUGAGACACGAAUAAAGAGAAAUAGUUUGAAUCCGGUCUUUAAUGAAACAUUUGUUUUUAAAAUCCCUUUCCCUGAACUCGGCCGCAAAACUUUAGAACUUGUUGCGUUUGAUUUUGAUCGCCUUUCUAAAGAUGACCAAAUUGGUCAAAUUUUAUUGCCAUUAAACACAGUUGAUUUUGGCCAAACAAACGAUAGAUGGAUCAAUUUUGAGGCUCCACAUGAAAUUGAAGAAUCGGAAUCCCGAGGUGAUAUUUGUUUCUCAACACGUUAUAGACCAGCAACAGGAACACUAACAGUUACAAUAAUGGAAGCUAGAAAUCUUAAGAAAAUGGAUGUUAGCGGUUCUUCAGAUCCCUAUGUAAAAAUCUAUCUCUAUGAAGGCAAAAAAUUGUGGGCGAAGAAGAAAACGGCAAUAAAAUUUAAAACAUUGAAUCCAUAUUAUAAUGAAAGCUUUCAAUUUAAAGUUUCUGCUGACAAAAUGGAGCGAGUCCAUUUGUGUAUAUCUGUGUGGGAUUAUGACAAAAUGAGCAAAAACGAUUUUAUUGGAGAAGUUAUUCUAUCUUCUAUAAAUUUACAAAACCCUCAAGUUGUUCUCGCUGCUCAAGAACAUUGGACUGAAAUGAUGCUUACUCGGAGACCGGUUGUCCGGUGGCAUGCCCUUCAGACGCGUGAAAAAUGA